AUCUUUUAUUAUGCUAAAGUUGAUGAACAUUAACAAAUAUCAAUAUUUCCAUCAUACAAAGAACAGAAAAAGAGAAUCACAGUGUAUGAAACCUCCUAAUCAAGUGCCUCUACGUCUAUUAUCUUUCUUCUCUACCAAAACAACAACAACAACAAACCUAACUCCAUUCUCUCAAACAAGUGAUCAUGCUUCAAGGGAUAAGAAGACUGUCUCUGUGUCAAGGAUACUGCUCAGACAUAAAUGUGAGCAUCCAGUAUCAAAGGUCUUUAACUCCAAUCUACAAGAUAAAUGACUGCAGUAGUAGUACCUGUGAGGGCUUGAGUGUUCUUAAAACUAUCAAAGAAAACAACACCGUGGGAUGUGCUCUCUUGGGACCUUCCUGUACCUAUUCCACCUAUCAGAUGUACCUUGACACAGUUUUGGACUUCCCCAUGAUUUCAUCGGGAAGUUUUGGAUUAUCAUGUGACCACAAAGAAAAUUUAACCAGAUUGAUGUUUCCAGCUAGGAAGCUGACAUAUUUCUUAGUCGAUUUCUGGGAGACUAAUGACUUGCCAUUCAAAACUGUUUCAUGGAAAACGGCCUACAUUUUUAAGAACACUAAUUAUUCAGAGGAAUGUUUCUGGUAUCUCAAUGCUCUGGAAGCUGGAGUUUCCUAUUUCUCACAGAAACUUCAGUUCAAGGAUGUGUUGAGAAGUGAUGAAGAGUUUUACCGUGUCUUGAAGAAUAAAAACAGGAAAAGCAAUGUGAUUAUCAUGUGUGGCACUCCAAAGUCUGUUAAUGUCCUUAAGGAUAAUUUUGAAUCUGAUGAAGACAUCAUCAUUGUUCUGGUGGAUCUUUUCAAUAACCAGUAUUUUGAGAACACCACAUCAGCUCCUUACAUGAAAAACGUCCUUGUGGUGACAUUGAACUCUACGAAAUCCAGCUUAUCCAACCUACUAAAUAUUUCAUUGGUGAAAGAUGACUUUGUUCUUGCCCACAUGGAUGGAAUCAUGCUAUUUGGACACAUGGUUCAGCAGGCACUUCAAAAUACAUCAAAUGCCUAUUUUUCCCAUGGUUUCCGAAACCUCACUUUCCAAGGAACUCUAGGUCCUGUGACUCUGGAUGAAUGGGGGGAUAUUGACAAUAAUGUGACUCUUCUGUAUACUUCAGCAGAUACAUGUGAGUAUAAAUAUCUUUUGCGCUACGACACUCAUCUAAAUAAGACUGUUCACUUUGAGGAUAGACCUAGUCUCACCUGGAAGAAUCAAAAACUUCCCCGUGGUGAACCAGGAAAAAAUCCUGAAAUCCUGAUGAUUGCUGUCUUUGCCCUUACAGGAACAGUUAUAUUUAUACUAUUCAUCUCUCUACUGGUGCUCAGGAAAAAUAGAAAGAAUAAUGAACUUCGUCAGAAGAAGUGGUCCCAUAUUCCAACAGAAGAGAUUUUACUUCUGGAGACUAAUGAGACUAGCCCUGUGAGCCUGAAGAUUGAUGAAGAUAAGAGACGUGAUACCGUUACAAGGCUACGUCAAGGAAAAUAUGACAAAAAGGUGGUGAUCCUCAAAGAUCUCAAGCACAAUGAUGACAAUUUCACUGAAAGGCAGAAGAUAGACCUGAAUAAGUUACUGCAGAUUGACUAUUACAAUCUAACCAAAUUCUAUGGUACAGUGAAGAUAGAUGCCAUGAUCUUUGGAGUGAUUGAAUACUGUGAGAGGGGAUCCCUUAGGGAAGUUUUAAAUGAUACAAUCUCUUAUCCUGAUGGCACCUUCAUGGAUUGGGAAUUUAAAAUCUCCGUUAUGUAUGAUAUUGCCAAGGGAAUGUCCUAUCUGCACUCCAGUAAAACUGAAGUACAUGGUCGUCUGAAGUCUACUAACUGUGUGGUAGACAGCAGAAUGGUGGUGAAGAUCACAGAUUUUGGUUGCAAUUCCAUUUUGCCUUCAAAGAAAGAUCUGUGGAUGGCUCCUGAGCACCUCAGAGCAGCAAAUGUGUCUCAGAAAGGUGAUGUGUACAGCUAUGGAAUCAUCACACAAGAAAUUAUACUUCGAAGAGAAACCUUUUACACACUGAGGUGUCGGGAUCAGAAAGAAAAAAUUUACAGAGUGGAGAAUUGCAAGGAUUCAAAACCAUUCCGCCCAGACCUCUAUCUGGAGACAUCUGAUGAAAAAGAAUUGGAAGUAUAUCUGCUUGUUAAAAGUUGUUGGGAAGAAGACCCAGAAAAGAGACCAGACUUCAAGAAAAUCGAGAGCACCCUGGCUAAGCUUUUUAGUAAUUUUCACAGUCAAAACAGUGAGAGCUACAUGGACACCUUAAUCCGACGCCUUCAACUCUACUCCCGAAAUCUGGAACAUCUGGUGGAGGAAAGGACCAAGCUGUACAAGGCCGAGCGGGACAGAGCGGACAGGCUUAACUUCAUGCUGCUGCCCAGGCUAGUGGUAAAGUCUUUGAAAGAGAAAGGUUUCGUGGAACCUGAACUAUAUGAGGAGGUCACUAUUUACUUCAGUGACAUUGUAGGCUUUACCACCAUCUGCAAGUAUAGCACCCCUAUGGAGGUGGUCGAUAUGCUCAAUGAUGUCUACAAGAGCUUCGACCACAUUCUGGAUCACCAUGAUGUCUACAAGGUGGAGACUAUUGGAGAUGCCUACAUGGUUGCUAGUGGAUUGCCAAAGAGAAAUGGCAAUCGACAUGCAGUAGACAUUGCCAAAAUGGCCUUGGACAUCCUUAGUUUCAUGGGAUCUUUUGAACUCCAGCAUCUUCCAGGUCUCCCUGUGUGGAUCCGCAUUGGAGUACAUUCUGGCCCAUGUGCUGCUGGAGUUGUUGGAAUCAAAAUGCCUCGUUACUGUCUGUUUGGAGAUUCUGUGAACACAGCCUCUAGGAUGGAAUCCACAGGCCUCCCUUUGAGGAUUCAUGUGAGUGGAUCUACUAUAGCUAUUCUGAAGAGGACCGAAUGUCAGUUCUUAUAUGAAGUGAGAGGAGAAACUUAUUUAAAGGGCAAGGGGACAGAGACCACCUAUUGGCUCACAGGAGUUAAGGACCAAGAGUACACGUUGCCAACACCUCCUUCUGCGGAGAAUCAGCAGCAUUUACAGGCAGAAUUUUCCAAUAUGAUCACUGAAGCUUUGCAGAAGAGGCAGGCCCAAGGUUUAUCAAACCAGAAACUAAGGCGUGUGGCCAGCUAUAAAAAAGGCACCCUGGAGUACUUACAGCUGAACACCACAGAUGAUAACAACACCUAUUUUUAAAUCUAAGCAGGUGCUAAGACCACUAUCAAAUUAAAAUCCAUGUAUGCAGGAGAUCUUGUUUAUCUUGGAAGUCUGUCUUAUCAGGAAGACUUUAAAGAAAUAGAAAAGACGUAGAACCUUUCUAUAUCUUUUUGGUCAUCCCCUUGGAACAUGUUUUCUUCUAUAGGUGAGAUUCAUUUCCUUAGUUGACAUAACUAUAUGUUGCUACUGACCUUAUCUUAACAGUUACUCACUGAUUUAUACCCUGAUAGGAAGAAAAGAUAACUUUAUACUAGAACUCAAGGAAAUUCCAGUCUUCUUUGUUUACUGGUUCUUUUUCUUGCUAUUUCCAUUUUGAUAUUUUUUAAUUGUCAUGAUUAUAUUUUAAAUAUGUUAUCUCUGUAAGAUUAUCUUUGACUUGUAAUUUU